CUCUACUACAGGCGGAAGUUACAGGCGCUUGUGUUGGUGAAUAUCUCCCGUGGUGAGAAAGUGAAAAGCAGCGCAAAUGAUAAGCAGCAGGCGUUUAUGACGAUUUUAACAUCAGCACAUCAUAUAUGCGAACGCGGUGGCUUUAUUUUCCCUUCCUGCACUGGCAGACUGCUGGUUUUCGUCGGUAAAGGCAGACUGGGAUAUUUAUUGAGUUUGAUGUCUGCUUAGAUGGUAUCGUGAAGGUAUCACAGUAACUAACACACGCGCUUUGAUUGAAACAUUCAGACACUCUGUUACUCUGAUACAUUUUGGUCAAACUGCGCGUUUCCGACUCUUUUUAAUACGCUGAAGCGGGAGAGAAGAAACAUUCACUUUAUUCAGCGAUGACUCGAUUGGGUUUAACAUAACUGCUUAAUCACCCUAUGUGACUUCCACAACAGCCAACCUAGUGGACCCUUUUAUCUUAGGCGUUUUGCACUGGAUUUACAUUGGAAGUGACAGAGAUGGCAGACGGCGGUCGGGUGAAGCACGACAGCUCGAGCUCGAGCCCCGGACCCAGGAGGAUAAGGACGCAGCAGUCGCCCGGUUCAAAGGCGCGGUAUUCGGUUAACGCUCCCGGACACUGCUUUCGGAGAGUGACCCUGACCAAACCGACCUUCUGCCAUCACUGCAGCGACUUCAUAUGGGGAAUUGUCGGGUUUGUUUGUGAAGUGUGUAACUUCAUGUCACACGAGAAGUGUUUGAAGCAUGUUAGGACCGUGUGUUCCUGUAUGGCUCCCACCCAAGUUCGGGUUCCUGUAGCGCACUGCUUCGGUCCCGCCGGUCAGAAGAAGAGGUUCUGCUGUGUUUGCCGGAAGCAUCUUGAAGGCAGUUCGGCUUUGCGCUGUGAAGUGUGUGAGCUACACGUGCACAGCGACUGUGGCCCGUUCAGUGUUAGCGACUGUCGUGUCUGCCACCAAGAUGGAGGGCAAGACAUUGACAUGUACCAGCACCACUGGCGGGAGGGAAACAUGUCCUCAGGUGCCCGCUGUGAGGUGUGUCGUCGCACCUGCAGUUCUUCGGACACCCUGGCUGGCAUGAGAUGCGAGUGGUGUGGUGUUACAGCACAUGCGUCAUGUUACAUAAUCAUCCCCCCAGAGUGUGGCAUGGGGCGGUUGCGGAACAUGAUUCUUCACCCCAGCUGUGUGCGGAUCUGCUCGCGGAACUUCAGCAAAAUGCACUGUUACAGAAUCUCGGAAAAUUCCCAACACAGCGAGAUGGAUAACCUGGAUGGUGUCGAUACUCAGAGUCCAGUAACUUCAAAGGAAACUCAGUCUACAGGAUCACCUGAGACGGGUAAACAGACGCUGAAAGUGUUUGAUGGCGACGAUGCAGCUAAGCGGAAUCAGUUUCGUUUGGUUUCAAUCCCUCGAAUAAUCAAGAAUGAGGAAGUAGUGGAAGCAUCGCUCAGAGCGUUCUACAUCCCAGAUGAACCGCAGGAUUACGAGCUACAGAGUUACAGCCAACAGGGACUGUUUACAGAUGACAUCAUCAACCGUAACGGCACGCCAGACAACAAGCCCAUUUUUAAGGAUACAGUGUCUGAUUCCUGGCUGCUCAGAUCAAAACCCAGAGAAGUGGAAGUGGUGAAGAUUUAUCUCGGCUCGCUCAAGGUUGGAGUCACCUCAGUUACUGCUGGGAAAAGCAACACAGUAGAAUCAAUCAUAAAGGAAGUGCUCUCACAAAUAGGAAAACAGAAUGAAAACCCUGCUGACUUCAACCUUGUAGAAGUUUUUAUGAGCAGCAAACAAGUGCAACGGCAAGUCCUCGGCGGUCAGGAGAUUUUAUUGGACAAACUGCAGGAGAUACGGAAGACGUCGUUGCGACAGAUGAAUCAGACACGGUUUUACAUCGAGGAAAGCAGGAAUCGUGUGGCACAAGUCAAUCUGCUCUUGGGAGGCUUUCCGACACAGCUUGACAGAGAGGAAUACACACACCUGCUUUCCGAACACCUCGCAGUCAAAAGUCAUUUGGUCACCAUCACUCACGUGUACUCUGGACAAGGUGCAGUGGUUUUGCAGAUCAGCUGUUUCUCAGAGGCAGAGAGGAUUUACAUGCUGGCCAAAGACACAAGCAUCAGCGGCAAACAGCUCUACUCACUUGUCAUACCUGAGAUCAUGCAAAGCAAGCUGGCCAAAGGAAGUUGCCCGCUGCUAGUCUUUGUCAAUCCUAAAAGUGGUGGAUUAAAGGGCAGAGAGAUCUUGUACAGUUUCCGGAAACUUCUAAACCCUCACCAAGUGUUUGAGCUGACCAGCGGAGGACCACUUCCUGGGUUGCACACAUUCAGGGACGUCCCUCACUUUCGUAUCUUGGUGUGUGGAGGAGAUGGCACAGUGGGAUGGGUGCUGGGGGUUCUGGAGUCCAUCCGGCACAAAAUCACCUGUCGAGAGCCAGCAAUUAGCAUUAUACCAAUGGGCACCGGGAACGAUCUGGCUCGGGUGUUGCGAUGGGGGCCGGGCUACAGCGGCGAGGACCCCUACAACAUCCUGCUGUCUGUGGACGAGGCAGAGGAAGUUCAAAUGGAUCGCUGGACAAUUCUUCUGGAUGCACAGGAAAUGACAGAGGAUGGUGAAGUGAAUGGCUUCCUAGAGCCACCCAAGAUUGUGCACAUGAAUAAUUAUUUUGGGCUGGGAAUUGAUGCUGAACUGAGUCUGGACUUUCAUCAUGCACGUGAGGAGGACCCAGACAAGUUUAAUAGCAGGUUUCACAAUAAAGGUGUUUACGUAAAGGUGGGCCUGCAGAAGUUGAGUCACACACGAAACCUUCAUAAAGACAUCAGCCUGCAAGUGGACAGACAGGACUUGGAACUGCCCAGUAUAGAGGGACUGAUAUUCCUCAACAUUCCCAGCUGGGGUUCUGGUGCUGACCUGUGGGGCUCAGACAGUGACUCUCGGUUUGAGCGGCCCAGGAUAGACGAUGGGAUGCUGGAGGUUGUGGGAGUUACUGGUGUUGUGCACAUGGGUCAGGUUCAGAGUGGGCUGCGUUCUGGGAUUCGUCUCGCUCAGGGCAGCUACAUACGUAUCAGUGUGAACAAACCCAUUCCAGUGCAGGUGGAUGGAGAACCCUGGAUACAAUCACCUGGACAAAUCAUCAUCUCUGCUGCGGGACCAACGGUGUGCAUGCUGAGAAAGUCCAAGACCAAGCAGAAGAAACAAUCAGGCAGUUUGAAGGAAGGCCGUUCUGACAGUUCAGCUCCCAGUGACGGUGGGCAGUGACAAAACGCACAAACACUUCAUCGACAGCCCUUUACUGUCACCUUGACAACAUUUCUUUUAGUCUGUCCUCUGUUCUUUGUUACAUUCUGGGUUGGUAUCAAUGCUACUUUAAUUACUUUAGCUGAGCUAUUACGCAUUACACUGACAUCUCUAUCAUCUCAUAGUCUGUAGCGUUCAAAUGUCUGACAAUAGCACUGCAGUCUGUUACUCAGGACUUUAGCUGCCCUAGGCUUGUUUUUGCCUUAGAUUCAUGCUGGUGUAGAUAUUUUUGUUGGUUUUAUUUUGAUUGCCAAGCUGCAUCUUCUAUUCAAAGGGAAUAUUGUCUUAAAGUAGUCCAUCACUGAAAGGCUACGGCGCAUAUUAAUAAGCAACCAGUAUUUAAUCACAUUGUGUGCAUCACAAAUACCAAAAAAUACACUUUUGUGAACAUCACCAAGUUACGAUAAUCACUCUCGUUUCGCAUAUGGUGGCCUUUUUGGUUUACGGUACCUCACCUGGUCAUUUUUCAUCUUUGAAAUUAUUACCUUUAAUGUCUUACUUGAAGUUUAUUUGCAAUAGCAGCCCCCUAGUAGCUUUCUACAAGUAUCUGAACCAAAUGAAUGCAGUAAAAAUGUACAAAUAACUCCAUUAAGAGCACGUUUGAUUGUAUAAGUGUGUCAGGGAGAGAUUAUUGUCUUUGUAUAUCAGUUUUGUAGCUUUCUCAGCUGUGAGAUUGUAGGCGCAAUCAUGCGCCUCAAGAAAACGUGAGUAAACAAAUGUGGCGUCAUCACAGCCGUUUUGUAAAAGCCGGAUGAAUAUUAAUAGCUUUUCGAACAUGUGUGGUACCGAAAAAUACUGUGAAACGCUAUUAAAGAGUUGUGGAUUUUACGAAGGAUGAAUGUUUGUAAAUGUGGACACAUACACCACUUUUGGUGUUAAUCGUAAUAUAAUGCCGUACGAUACUUGAUACAACAUUCCAUGCAAGAUCACGUAGCAUAUGUGGUAUUUUACAUGGUGCCAGUUAGUGUAACUGGUCAUAUGAACCUUUAAGCCAACGUAGCUUUAUCAUGUUCUGGGGAAAGCAUUGAUUUGUAAGUAAAUAAAUUUGUUACUGUUAUCUGACAUAGUCGUGUAAAGCUACUCAUCCUAUUGUAAAGCUAAAACUAGUGGCGAGCGCAGUGCUGUAAUAUACUGGCUAGUGUAAAUAUGGUGUCUGUACAGUGACUGGUCAGCCCUGGAUUCAUGAGGCUGGCCUUAGAUUGUGUGUGUAUGAUCAGUUAGACUCUCCACUCCCCAUCAGUCUUGCAUUAUUGGCAGGCUGUUGCCCUGAAAAAGUGCUGGAUGCAUGGCAAAGCCUCGACCGUCUGACUUCAUCUACCUCGUCUCUCCGGCACACAUCACUUCGAGAAUCAAGUUCUGCCAAGUUCUCCCAAAGACUUGCACUUCAUGGGUUGUGUCUGGGAAUAUUCGGAAUAGGUCAGAUAGGUCAGGUUAGAUGCCUAUUGAAUUGAACAGAUGAAAAUGAAGCUGUGAGGGAUAGACCUGCGGUCUUUACCAUGGCAUGCACUUUAUAAAAAGAUCCUAUAUCAUGGAAUUUUUCACAACUCACAAUUUUCAAAAUGGAGUAUUUUACGGAGUAUUUAUUUUUUCAUCAUUGUUGUUACAUCAGCUAAACAGUCGGAAUGUUGUUAAAGAGCAGUACAAUCCAUUGAAGACACUGUACUUCUGUCACUCACAGCCUCGUUUUCAUCCCUGGCAGAAAUUAAUUAUGGCGCUACAUUAAGGUGUGGGAUGACGAAUAUGAAAAUCUGACCAAGAUUAUACAG